AUGUUCGGCAGAGACGACAACCACAACCACAUUGAUGGCGCUGAGCCAAAGAAGUCCCUGUACCAGCGGUUCAAGGACCGCAAGAAGGGAGGCGAAAUUUCCGAGGCGGACGUGGCCAAGUACACGGGGAUGAGCAAGGCGCAACUCGCGGAAUGGGCCAAGGACAGGCCAGGCGUCGGGGGCCAGCAAGCGGCCGGCAAGAUCAACGCGGGGGAAGCGUCGGGGUUCGCUGGCAUGAACGCUGCCGAUGGGUACGCCAUAGGGAUUCGAGGCGAGGGCGAGCCCCAAAGGCCUCCCAAGGAAGCACAGUCAGUAGUAGUCGACGAGUGGCUUUCAUUAUUUUGGUUGACGAGAUCGGAUCAGAGGUCGAGAACGAGGGCAGCCAAGACGAACAGGAUGGCGGAUCGAGCAGCUGAACCACGGGCGGGCGAAGGCUGA